AUGCCCAGAUCGGACUUGACAGCGAUCCCCGAGCAGGACCGGGAAUCUGGAUCGACACCAGCAGCCGAUGGCUUCUCGACGAAUACCAAUAAUGGGACUCGCACGCAUACUCGUAACCGGUCCAGUGUGGAUGGCACCAAGUACAAGGACGGGCAAUGGUCGCCGGAGAACGAGAAGAUCGUGCUCGGUCCCUAUGAUUAUAUGCUCCAGCACCCGGGCAAGGACAUUCGCCGACAGCUCAUCAACGCCUUCAAUGUAUGGCUGAAUGUUCCUCCGGAGAGUCUGACGAUCAUCACCAAGGUGGUGGCCAUGCUGCACACUGCCUCUUUACUAAUUGACGAUGUCGAAGACAACUCAGUCCUCCGUCGCGGGAUCCCCGUGGCCCACAACAUCUACGGCACCGCGCAGACGAUCAACUCGGCCAACUACGUGUACUUCCUCGCGUUGCAGGAGGUGCAGAAACUGCACAACCCGGCCGCCAUCGACAUCUAUGUGCAGGAGCUGCUGAACCUGCACCGCGGCCAGGGCAUGGACCUGUUCUGGCGGGAGACGCUGACCUGCCCGACCGAGGAGGAGUACCUGGAGAUGGUCGGCAACAAGACGGGCGGGCUGUUCCGGCUGGCCGUGAAGCUGAUGCAGGCCGAGAGCGGUGCCGGCAAGGACUGCGUGAGCUUGGUCAACGUCAUGGGUCUGGUCUUUCAGAUCUGCGACGAUUACCUGAACCUGUCCAGCGGCACCUACACCAAGAACAAGGGCCUCUGCGAGGACCUCACGGAGGGCAAGUUCUCGUUCCCGAUCAUCCACAGCAUCCGCGCCAGACCCGGGGACCACCAGCUGCUCAGCAUCCUCAAGCAGAAGACCACCGACGAGGAGGUCAAGCGCUACGCGGUGACGUACAUGGAGCAGACCGGCAGUUUUGCGCACACGCGGGACGUCGUCCGCGAACUGCGGGAUAAGGCAUUGGCGCUCAUCACGGAGAUCGACGGCAACGGGGCCUGCGACGAUGGCGCGAUGGUUCGUGCGAUUCUCAACAAGAUCACAGAAUCCACGCUAGGGAAGCCUCAAGAGUAG